AUGCCCCUGACACUGCCAACAUUUUCCUUCGGCCGCGCCGGCCAAAGCCACCACAACCACCGACCGACCUUCUCCUCCCCGCUCUCCUCUUCGCCCAUCCGGGCCUCUUCACUUUCACCACCACCAACGCAUCAACAACAGCAUUAUCAACCCAGCUCCCAAUCGCUCUCACCAUGCGACCCCAACCACCUCAACACCCUCCACUGCGAAACCCAGUCCUCGCCGAUCCUGGGCAAGUCAGUAUUUGGCAGCAGCGACACCAAUAUUACCAACAACGAUAGCGGCAAUAGCAACCGCAGCAAAUUCCGCUUCGCCUCGUGCAACGCGCGCCCCAACCCGCUCCUCAAGCGGCGCGAGGAUGCCCAGGAGGGCCGCAGGAGACUGUUUUUCCAGAACGUGAGACAGCGGCAGGAGGAUCGGAGGUGGGAGAUGCGCGGCGGGGAGGACGAGCUGCUCAAACUCGAGUGGUGGCGCCUCAACCGAGAGAGGUUACAGGCCAAGGAGGCUGAAGUGGCCGAGUACCUGGGGCCGAUGAUGGACGCGGAUAUGGUGGUGAGAGAGGAGGAGGAGCUUCAGCAUACUACGGCGCAGGAGGAAGAUGUGGAUGCUAUGAUAGCCGACGUGAUCGCGCAGCAGGAGGAGGCAGAGAUCGAUGCGCUUCUCUCGGUGUUGGAGCACCAGGAUGGGGACGGACGCAGCUCGCCGCCGCAAUUAUCGGACGAUGAGGACUAUGAUGGGCUGUUUAUGGAUCUAAUCCGGUCGCAGCAACCGGAGCAGGGGUUGGCUCAUUCGCCAGACGUGGAGAUGUCCUGA